CAGAAACGCUAUAACACUUUGAAAAUCAAUGAACAACGGAAAGCUUGCGAAUAUUUACGACAAAACGCAUUACCAGUUGUUGCAAACUUGUCUACAUUCAGUGGUCCCUGCUGGUCUGAUUGACGGAUAUAUUGACGUCUGGACCGGGUUGGAGUAUCAAAAUGAUCAGCGUGUGCUGACCGAUGGAAAAACAGUCACUAUGCCACCAGAAAUUUGGCUACCUCCUAGUUAUCCGUUAUCUGAUGCGUCACGCGCAAAUGUCGGAUUUCAGGUUCACCAAGAUCCAGAUCAUGCAAUUCAGGGAAUCUACAACGUUCCUGAUUGGUUUGGUUACAACGGUGUCAUCUGCGAAAUAUAAAACCAGCAACAGAUCUGACAGAAAUUCAUUCAACUUCACUUCAUUAAAGAAUUGAUAUGAUAUAAUAGAAAAAAAUAUUUUCCUUGAAUUUUAAUGCAAUGUAUAUAUAGAUAAUGUGUACUGAUCAUCAGUAAAUAUUUCUCGCUUGCUUUA